AUGCAUAUCCGUGAGAAGCUCGCGCAAAAGGAGGCCGCGGGGGAGCCCGGGAUCUCUUUUGAGUUCUUCCCUCCCAAAACGGCCCAGGGUGUACAGAAUCUCUACGACCGAAUGGACCGUAUGCAUGGAUUGGGCCCCUCGUUCAUCGAUGUCACCUGGGGUGCGGGCGGUCGCUUGUCGGAUUUGACUUGCGAGAUGGUCGGUGUGGCACAGUCAGUGUAUGGGCUGGAGACAUGUAUGCAUUUGACUUGCACGGAUAUGCCGCGGGAAAAGGUCGAUGAAGCGCUCCAGGCCGCCUACAAGGCCGGCUGCACCAAUAUCCUAGCGCUACGAGGUGACCCUCCCCGUGAGAAGGAGACAUGGGAGGCGGCUGAUGGGGGGUUCCGCUAUGCUAAGGAUCUGGUCAAGUAUAUCCGCGAAAAAUAUGGUAACCACUUCGACAUUGGUGUGGGAGGCUAUCCCGAGGGUGCCGAUGAUAACCCGGACGUGGACCUUUUGAUCGACCACUUGAAGGAAAAGGUGGAUGCGGGCAGUUCCUUCGUGAUUACUCAGAUGUUUUAUGAUGCCGACAACUUCAUCGAAUGGGUGAAGAAGUGCCGGGCCAAGGGAGUCAAUGUGCCCAUCAUCCCCGGUAUCAUGCCGAUUCAGACCUAUGCUGCCUUCAUUCGCCGAUCGAACUGGACCAAGACUCGCGUGCCACCGGAAUGGAUGGCCGCUUUGGACCCGGUGAAGAAUGAUGAUGCUGCGGUCCGCGACAUUGGGAAGAACUUGAUUGCCGAGAUGUGCAGGAAGCUCAUGGCUUCGGGUAUUAACCAUCUGCACUUCUACACGAUGAACUUGGCUCAGGCUACUCGGUUGGUCUUGGAAGAGCUGGGACUUGCACCGUCCGAGGAAUCUCCCAUCCAAAGACCUUUGCCGUGGCGGCCGUCCCUUGGUCUCGGCCGCCGAACGGAGGAUGUGCGCCCAGUGUUCUGGCGCAACCGCAACUCAUCGUACGUCGCUCGCACGCAGACGUGGGAUGAAUACCCCAACGGCCGCUGGACCGACUCCCGGUCCCCUGCGUUCGGUGAGCUCGACGCCUACGGUGUCGGCCUCAAGGGUACGAAUGAGCAGAAUAUCAAGCUUUGGGGCGAACCCAAAUCGGUCAAGGACUUGUCCGAUAUCUUUAUUCGCUUCCUGAAGGGCGGAUUGGACCGACUCCCCUGGAGUGACAGCCCGAUCUCCACGGAAGCAAAUGAUAUCAAGGACAGCUUGAUCAACCUGAACCGGAGGGGGUUCCUCUCCAUCAACUCUCAGCCGGCCGUCAACGGGGUGAAAUCCUCCCACCCAGUGUACGGCUGGGGCCCGAAGAAUGGAUUCGUCUACCAGAAAGCCUAUCUGGAGCUUCUGGUGCCCUCCUAUUUGAUCGAUGAAUUGGUCGCUCGCAUCGAGAAGAACGAAGACCUGACGUACCAUGCCGUCCGGAAGACCGGCGAGCUGCGCACCAACACAGAGGACAGCCCCAACGCCUUGACAUGGGGUAUCUUUGCUGGACGGGAGAUCAUCCAGCCGACUAUUGUCGAGACCGUUAGUUUCAUGGCAUGGAGAGACGAGGCCUAUCGACUAGGCGAGGACUGGUCCAAGUGCCAUGAUGCCGCCAGUCCCAGCCGAAAGCUGAUCCAACAGGUCAUGGACGACUGGUACCUGGUCAACAUCGUGGACAACGACUUCCACCGGACGAAUGUUGUUUUCGACCUCUUCAAUGACCUGGAAGUUAAGGACUUGAACGUCGAGCUGCCCGGCAAGCCCGAGCAGAAUGGCGUCGCCGAGCAAAACGGCACAGCAAAGAACUAA